AUGCAGACGGAAAGAACUCCUACCCAGUCAACCAUGAUCGGUGGCCAGCGUAUGGCACCCAGGAAAAGAGCCCAGUCGGAAACUAAUACCGCUGGAACCAGGACCAACUUGCCACCAAACUCUGGUUUCCAACAUUACUACGGCUUUGCCACCUCAUCGAUCCAAAUGGGACCCCAAGCCGUUCUUCUUUUGGCCAUUUGUUACAUGGGAGCCGUCGUCGUGAUGCAUAUCGUAUCCCGCAUUAAAAUGUCGAUAUAA